AUGGACCUGGGCUCAGUGCUCAUCACCACCGGCGGCUCCGCGGUGUUCUUCAGGCUGGUGAACUCCGGGGUCAGCACGCUGCCCAUGCCCGAGUCCGCGGUGAGGAACGCGUGGAAGUGGAGGAACAUCUCCACGUCAGGCGUGCACAGCUUCAUCACCGCGAUCUGGGCCGUGCUCUGCUUUUUCCGUCACCCGCAGAUGGCCGAGGAUCUGAUAGAAACCUACUCUGUGUUUUCUCAUGCUUUGGUAUCGUUUUCCAUCGGUUACUUCAUCUACGACUUCAUUGACAUGGUGCUCAACCAGAAGCUGAAUCAGUCCUGGGAGCUUCUCUUCCAUCACGUUGUGGUGAUCUCCUGUUUUGGCUUCUCUGUGGUCUCAGGACACUAUGUGGGCUUCGCUGUGGUCGCCCUGUUGGUGGAGAUAAACUCCAUCUUCCUCCACCUCAGGCAAUUGCUGCGUAUGGCCAACAUCGCCGCGGGAACACUGUACCGGGUCAACAGCAUCAUCAACCUGGGCACGUAUGUUGUGUUCCGCAUCAACACGUUGGCCUGGAUGACCCGCUGGCUGGUGCUCAACCGGGACAAGGUGCCCCUCCUGGCUUACACGCUGGGCAGCGUGGGCAUGGCCAUCAUGACGGUGAUGAAUAUUGUCCUCUUUUAUCGGCUGCUCCGGAGUGACUUUUUGAAGAAUAGCACCCGAGAAACGAAGAAGGAGAAGGAGAUGUAG